CUCCUCCUCCUCCUGUGGAGCUCACUCACUAAUCGCAUUUAGGCACCUUCAUCUACAGACUCUCCCAGAGCCGCGAGUGAAGGACAGUUCUGGAGACUUUCUGGGGGUUUUAAGGAGAUAUAGAGAUAUAGAGAGAGAACAGGGGAGCUGUACAGGAGGUUUGGGGACAGUUUUAGUUGUGUUUUUAGUUUGUAGAUAAGUAGAAAGUCUGAGUUUAGAGUUACCCGACUGAACUGGACUGUAAAUAUAAUCUGUGGGCUGAGCUGAGGGCGAGAGAACGGAGAGAACCCAGGUGAGCUGAGCAGGUAAACCAGCUGGAAACAAACAGAAAUAGAGCACAGAAACGUUGAGGACUGCACUGAGGACUGUUAUUGAGAGCUGCACUUCAUUAAUCUCGCUGUCCUGCACUGUAAGCUGAUUUCUGGGCGAUCCUCUGCCCACACUGCUGCUCAUACUGCUCCUCCUACUGCUUCUGCUGCUGCUGCUGCUGUUGGAAGUUCAUGGUUCCAGAUGGGCUCCAGGCACUUUCAAUUUGAGUGAUUUGGAAAACUAAAGAAAAUAGAGACUUCCUUUAUUAAUGAACAAAGACAGCUGGACAUCAACCUUCUCCUCCACCUCCUGCUCUGCAUCUUUCUUUCUUACUCCCAAUAAAUGGGAAUAAAUUGGACUAUUUCUCCUCAGUUACUAACUGAACUCAAGGCUGGUCCUCCUUUCCUGCAUCCACCACUGUGAAUUCUUCAGGUGACAGAAAAAGACAGAGGGGCUAUGAUGACUUUGGCACUGAGGUUCACUCUAAUCACUGCCCUCCUACUGCCAGGUGUCAGCGGUCAGAUGGUGCAGAUGGACAGUGACCGGUCAGGAUAUGUGGGCUCACAGGUGGAGCUGCGCUGCGAGUUCAUCAACAGUAACCCACCUGUGAAGAUCUCGCAGGUAACCUGGCAGAAGUUCUCCAAUGGAACCAAGCAGAACGUGGCCAUUGCUAACCCAGCCCUGGGGGUGUCUGUGCUGCAGCCCUUUAAGGAGCGUGUGAGAUUCAAGAACCCAGCAGUGCGCCAGAGAACACCGUCCCUGGAGGACACCACCAUCAUCUUCAAUAACUUGAGACUGUCUGACGAGGCUGCAUACAUCUGCGAGUACACCACCUUCCCUGCUGGCAACAGGGAGAGCAUGGUCAACCUUACCGUUUACGCUCGCCCUAUGGUCCAGAUGAGCCUGUCCACACCCACCAUCGUCGCAGGAUCUAAAGACCUGAAAAUGACAGUGGCCACGUGCACCUCAGCCAAUGGAAAGCCGCCGAGUGUGAUCACCUGGGACACUGAGCUGGACGGAGAGGUGAACACUGAGGAGAUCAGGAAUGCUGAUGGAACGAUCACAGUGCGCAGUGACUACAUAGUGGUGCCUAGCCGAGAAACGCACCAGCAGCGGCUCACCUGUAUCUCCACCUACAACGAGGAGCAGUACACUGACAGUGUUAACCUCAACAUACAGUAUGAGCCGGAGGUAAUCAUUGACGGAUUUGAUGGAAACUGGUAUAUAAACCGAGACAAUGUUCAGCUCACCUGCCUGGCUGAUGCUAACCCAGCCAUCUCUUUGUUUCAGUGGAGAUAUCUAAAUGGCUCCAUGCCGGAUGCAGUGGAACUCAGAGAUGAUACACUAAUCUUCAAAGGUCCAAUAACCUAUGGAAUAGCAGGCACGUACGUGUGUGAUGCCACGAACAGCAUUGGAACGGGUUCAGCGUCAGUAGAGGUCACAGUUUCAGAAUUCCCUAGUUUCUCAGACGGGGUUUCUCAGGAGCAGCAGCGAGCAGGCGCUGCCAUUGGCGGCGCUGUUGUGUGUGGCACAGUUCUUCUGGCGGCCGUCACGUUGCUGGCAGUCUUCUUCCAUCGUCAAAGACGCACUUUUAAAGGAGAUUAUAGUACCAAGAAACAGGUCCUGGGAAACGGUUUAGGCAAAGCUGGCGGUCUUGCACCGUGCCCCUCGCUGCCUCAUAGCCUGAGCUAUCCUGAAGACUCCAGUGACGAGAAGAAGCCAGAACUUUAUGGAGCUGAACACAUCCAGGAGUUCCAUGAUUACCCUGACAGCAGGGUGAAGAGCUACAGCACGGUGGAGGACAGUACGCGGUACAGAUACGAUGAACCCAGUUACCUGUACGACUGUGGAUCUGAGGUGGAGAUCUCGGUGGAUAUGGUUCCACAGAUGGACGGUUCUGUCAUCUCUAAAGAAGAGUGGUAUGUGUGAGAAGAAAACAUGCUGCAAAUUAAUUCAUCUAUCCACCAUCUUUAAAAUAUCGUUCCACAUCUCCUCUUCUACCAUCCCUGCUACUGAAUUUUGCUCUAAAUGGUGAAAAAAUGUCAGGCAGAUGUAAUUCCAUUCAUGGUUGUAUUCAGAGCAGAGCGUACCUUUGAGUCUACUGUUGAAAUCCAGAACGAACUGGAGUUUACACAGAUUGAGGACCCUUUUUUAAGAUGUUUUAUUUGUUAUUACCUACUGUUGGUAUAUGGAGGCACUUUUCCACUGCAUGGUUUCCUACUCUACACCCAUCGUCUUGACUCUAGCAGAAAAAUUAUUAAUAAGUAGACCAGCCACUUACUGAAAUAUACAUGAGAUUUCUAAUAACGCUUAACCCAGUGUCUCUUUACUGAUAAAUCAGCUUGCUGUUGUGCAGAGAGUGGCAGAGAGUCAGCAAGUCUCACUCUGGAGAUCUGUGCAGGUGCAGCAGCCAAAACAAGCUGAAAAAUAAUGCUUUUUUGAGCUUUAUUGAACACUAUAAACUAUUCAAGGUUUUUUUCAUCAGAUUUUAUCAGUGAUUUCUAUGGAUUUAGACUCUACACUUCUUUUUUUGGUUAAUUAUUAACAAAUUAUUAAUUGUACCCACAAGAGAGAAGGUACUGAGAAAGUAAGCAGAGUAAGGACUAAAAUUUGACUUGUAAACCAUUAGUGUUGUAGUACUUGAGUCCGGUAAUUUUUCCAGACAUCUAGAAAGAAAGCACAAGGAAAUGUAAGUGCAAACUUGCAAGAUAACUAACGUUAGCAGUGGGCUAGCUAACCGUAGCAAUGAGCUAACUAAAAUACUAAUAUUAUCGGGAACAGAACUAAAGUUAGCAACAAGCUAUGUAACCUUAGAGAUGAGCUACCUAAAAUACUAAUGCUACCUGGGAUAGUACUAAAGCUAGUGACAAACUAGCUAACUUUAGCAAUGAGCUUAAUUACACACUAUUGUUACCAGGAAGUAAACCAAAGCAAGCAAUAAACUAGCUAACUUUAGCAAUGAGCUAGCUAAAUUUAGCAACAAGGCAAAUUUCACACUAUUGUUCCCGGGAAGUGAACUGAAGCUAGCAACGAGCUAUCUAACCUUAGCGAUAAGCAAGCUAACCUUAGCAACAAGCUAAAUUACACACUAAUGUUACCAGGAAGUAAACCAAAGCUAACAAUAAACUAGCUAACCUUAGCAACAAGCUAAAUUACACACUAAUGUUACCAGGAAGUGAACUAAAGCUAGCAACGAGCUAGCUAAUAUUAGUGAUGAGCUAGCUAACUUUAGCACCUAAACCUAAGCUGAAUUACACACUAAUGUUACCAGGAAGUGAACUAAAGCUAGCAACGAGCUAGCUUACCUUAGUGAUAAGCUAGCUAACCUUAGCAACAAGCUAAAUUGCACACUAAUGUUACCAGGAAGUGAACUGAAGCUAGCAACGAGCUAGCUAACCUUAAUGAUGAGCUAGCUAACCUUAGUGACUAGUAGAGUAGUGUUGGUAUCAUCGGAAACACAAAUCAGGUGUUUGUGUUAUGUACAAGAAUUCCAGUAUUUUUGCUGCUGCAAAAAAUAUUAAGCUUCUUAAUCUAGAGUUAUCAAAAACCAGGGAGUUAGUGAAAGAUGUGAUAAAUAAUCCGUGAUGCUCUAUAUUCAGUAUAUUGCAGUAAUUUAAUUAUUUUAAGAGUAAACAUGUGUUUCGGCCUUAAAGCUAGAGUUGAGUAAAAUAUAGAAAGAACAGUGGAGUCCAGUCCAAUAGAGUCCAGUAGAGUCUAAUAGAGUCCAAUAGAGUUUAAUAAAGUCCAAUAGAGUCGAGUAUUAUUGGUACCAUGCAGUGGAAAAGCACCAUAACACAACAGAUGAUGAAUACACUUUACAAGCACUUUCUCUACUGUGAAAAUCUUGCACUGUUGCUUUUGUUAUUGUACGCAUGGGUUGUAAAUGUUUCGUCAUUGUUGUACCAUAUUUGGUGGUGUUUUUUCAGAACAGUAGUGUAAGCUUUUUCUACACGUUGAUUUUGUGUCGUUUUAUGUUCGUCUUUUUCAAUAGACUCCAAAAGACAUGUCUGAUUUAGAGAAAUACAGGUCAAUUACAAUUAACAAUAGCUUCACAAACACAACAGAAAAGGGGUCAGUCAGUAAAACAAUGUUCAGCAUUCAUGCAUACACAAAUGUUUGGUGAACUUUGUAAUACUUACAACACAGCUCUGGAAAAAAUAAGAGACUACUUCAGUUUCUGAAUCAGUUUCUCUUUAUAUGUAUCAUUUUGCUAUUUAUAGGUUUAAGUUUGAGUAAAAUGAACAUCGUUUUUUUUUUUAUUUAGUUCAUUCAAAUUCCAAAUAAAUAUACUGUCAUUUAGAGCAUUUAUUUGCAGAAAAUUAAAAAUGGCUGAACUCACAAAUAAGAUGCAGAGCCUUUAGACCUUAAAUUAAACAAAGAAAUUCAUAUUCAUAAAGUUUUUCAGAAUUUCAGAAAUCAAUAUUUGGUGGAAAAAACCCUGUUUUUAAUCACAGUUUUCAUGCAUCAUGGCAUGUUCUCUUUCACCAGUCUUACACACUGAUUUUGGAUAUCUUUAUACCACUCCUGGUGUAAAUUCAAGCAGAUCAGCUUGGUUUGAUGGCUUGUGAUCAUCCAAGUCAUUUUAAGUGGUCUCUUAUUUUUUCCAGAGCUGUAUAUAGUGAUCAUGAACUACAGUGAUUUGGCACAUUUCAGACCUGUACCUUUCAGUUUUGUCUGCUCAAAUUGGAAAUUGGUGUGUUUUCACCCUUGAAACCAAUUCGUUUGGGCAGGUGUGAAUACAAUACUUACUAAACAAUUCAGACUGAGCAAACUAAUAAGAGGUGUAUAAAAAUGCACUUAGCGAUUUUAGAUGUUGGGUAUCAACUGGCUAAAGCUGUGUUCCUAAGAUCUGUUUAGUGAGAGAGUGUGCACGAGAGGUGUGGUGAUAAAUCAAGUGUGCACAAGUUGUUGAGAAUAGACUGUUGAGAUAUGUACGUUUUCACAUAGUCCAAGUGUAUAAUAGCUAAUUGUGUGUAAUGACUGAGCCAGUUUUGAAUCUCAGGGCCCUGUGUUGGUUUUCGUGAUGCAAGUAAAAGGCAAAAUUUGUACAGUCCAUGUGUUUUCUGAAAAACCCAUAUUCUAUGGAAAAUAUAGGACAUUUUUUAGAAUAGUCAGUGAUUUGUUCAUUUUUAUUUGAUCGUUUAUUUAAAGUGGCAGUCCUUAUUAUUUUGUUUCUAAACUGAAAGCAGAAGCAUUUCUGAGUGGAGAAGAAUAUGAAUAAAAUAUUGUAUUUAAUGGUACCAGUGUGCUGGAACCACCAUCCCUGCCAAGUCUAAUAUGUCACGAAUCUUUACGUAUUUACAUCACAUGUACAGCCUGAUGAUUCUUCCGCAUGUUCGGUGCAAUUACCCAUCCUCACCAGAGAAGGCCCUAAAUCCUAAACUUAUGGACAUCCGCUUUAACUGACAAAAAUACUAAUAAACAGUUUACAAUGUUUUCACUGAACAAAUUAAUUUUAUGAGCAAUUUGUUGGUUUGACAUUAGUUUCUGGCCUUGCCCUUCACACACUGGGAUUUAUGUAGGUUCAAUGGUAAAGACCUAAAUGAAAAUAUCUGCCAAUUUCAGACUUAGUGUGAAAGACAACAUCAAUAUAAGAUAUAUUCGUUUUUUAUCAGUUAAAAACCCUUUGUGAAUAGGAAAUAAUCUGAUUAAUCUAUAAAUUCCCCACUCUUAGGGCUCACUCCUAGAGAAAUUAAAGGGAACAAAAGUAGAUAGAGAGCAGAGAAAAUGAGAGUGGACAUUUGAGAGCUAUGAAGAGCUUCUUACCCCAUUUACAGAACACAGAAAGCAAAUAACAUAUAAAUGUUAAAGUUUCAUUAUGUUAAAAAAAUCAUUUUAUAUUUGAUUUUUUCAAUUCAAUUAUUGUUUCUACCGUAUAUUAAAAAUUCUUCUUUUUGAUGCAUUUUACAAAAUGUCUCAUCAAGCAUGUAGAUAUCAUUCAUAGACUCAUUAUUAAAACAACUGUAAAGUCCAUACAGACAGUAGGUUUAUAAGCCCCAACCUAAGAGGGGACUGGAUGUAAUUCCAUCACGAUGUGGAUCAUGGCUUAUUUUGAGGAGAACAAAAGGGAACAAUAGGGAUUUUAGAUGCUCUGAGCUCUGAACUCUGAUGUUCAGUUAUAUUCUGUUAUUUUUCUGAGAAGGAUAAAUAACCACAGACCAAUAAUAAUAUUGAACACUCAGAUAAGGUCAAAUGUUAUGCAACGUAUCAUUCUUUAAACUUUUAUACUAUUAUUCGUAUUUGAGAAUAGUAAAAAUUAAUAGAAUGGAGAACAUGGCACUAAAUUAGAGGCUGUUUAUCACAACAGGAUUAACUAAACUCAUAUAUACAAGGUAUGUAAAAGUUUUAUAUAUAAUAAAAUACUGCUAAACAAGUAAAUACCAGGAAUUAUGGAAUUAUUGGUGUCAGAUUCACACAAUUUGUAAUAAAUGCAUUAAGCUUAUAUUAUUAUGCCCCCCAGUGCUGACACAGAUGUAAAGUCCCAGGAAUACUGACAAUAGAAUAGGACUCUUUCAAAUAUUAGUUUUUAAUAUCCUUAAUUAUUGACCUGCAAUAACAAUUUUUUGUUUUUUUAUUCUAAAACAUUUCACCCAAACAGUAUUAGUAAUAGGGCUGGGCGAUAUUUGAAAAUUUUACGUUGCAAAUGUUCUUUUUUCGACUAUAUAUAUUGUGAUAUUAAACAAUGCAGGGCUCAUGACGUCACCAGCCCCGCCCCACCUGUGCGCUGUCUUGCAGCCGGACUAAUCAAGAGCUGAGUCAGCACCGAGAACAGUAAAACAACAGUAAUCGCCCUUUUAAUCAGGCAUUUAAAUGGCUUUUAAAAAGGUAAAAAAAAAAAGAGCGUUUUUUUCUGGGAUUAAAAGAGUGAAUUCAGCUGUAACUGAAACUAUAUGCGCCGCAAAACUGUGCUGGACUGAGGUGCUUUAUAAGCACGUGCCCAACCAUGUGGAUUGAGGCCAUGCAGUUACCUCGUGUCUACACCUGACCCCCGCCCUCGCGCUUCCCCUCCCCCUCACGCUAUUUAGGCAGCAGCAGCCUGUCACUCACACAGACACAGAGACUGCUGUGUAUCUACUUCUCAAAACAUCGAAACAUGACGUGUUUGAUUUAAUUGCGAUGUGACUAUUGCACAAAUAUAGUGUAGCCCUAACGUCAAGAAAUGAAAACGCAAACUACUGACAGAAAGAGUGACUUAUAGUGGAUUUUUUUAGCAUAUCAUACAGUACCUCUGAUUGGUAUGCUGUACCAAACAGUUGAGCAGAAUAUUAAAGGGUUAACGUUGGGUCAAAUCAUUGUUCUAAAUGCAGGAAAACUAGGGCGACUGGGGUGAAACACCAGAGAACAAAUAAAUUUCUAAUAGAAAUGUUUUCAGAAUCACUCAUGCUACUCUUGCCGCUGAGUAUUAAAUCCAUGGUUUUCAAUCCUUUUAAGAGCAAAUGUGAUUGACUGUAUUGAAAGCAUUAGAUAUGAUGGUGGACAGUCAGGCAAAUUUAGCAUCUAGUUUUCCAAAUGCACUGAUGCAGGGAGUCAUCUCUUUUGUUUUAUAAUGUACCUUUUCUUAUUUUAAGUCAAGAAUUGAUAUAUUUGGAACCCCCCCCCCAAAAAAAAAUUCACGGUGUGUGUACUGCAUAUUACCCAUAUUGUCCCACCCAUUCAGCUGCUACUCAGCUGCUACCUAGCUGCUAGUCAGCUGUAUAUCCCCCAUCACUAGUAAUGCCACAACCCCAGGAAGAAGUCAGACUCUGCCUCUUUUUGAGCUGCUGCUGAUGCAACAUUACCAGUAGCAUCACAGCGCUAACUCUCGGAGGAAAGCGCAGCGACUCAGUUCUGAUACAUCAGCUCACAGAUGCCUUGUGCACACAUCACUGGGAAAAGAGCACCAUCUACCCACCCAGAGAGAGCAGGAGCAAUUGUGCUCUCUCAGGGCUCCGGCAGCUGAUGGCAAGCUGCAUAACCGGGAUUCAAACCUCCCGAUCAUAGUGCCAUUUUUUAUUUUGUAAAGAACAAAAACUCCAAUGUGUCUAUAAAUCUACUACCAGCACUGUUUAGUUUCCAUUAAAAUGAAAGUAAAGAACCGCUGGAUGUUAACAGUAUUGCAUGCCUUCUGUGUAAUGUACACUAGCAUUAGAUAUGGAAUACAGUAUUACAGUCUAGGACAUCUCACAAUGCACUGAUAUCACAAUAUUGUGAUUCUGCGAUACUCGAUAUAACACAAAAUAAUUAUCUUCGAUACUUUACAGCAUCCGUGUCACUAAACGAGGAUCAAAUACUCCUAAAUAUUUAAAUACCAGGAAUUAUGGAUUUAUCGGAUUAAGUUUCACAGAAUUUAACAACCAGUAUUAGACUACUGGACCACUCAACAGGGUAAAUGUAGGGUAAAUUCACUUUUUCUAAUGACCUGUGUGUGGUUUAUUUGUCAUAACUGCAAAAAGAAUUGUCAUUAAUUAGUGUAAUAGUGUAACUAAUACAUACUGCAACCCGAAACACACUCAGAAGAUCAGAUCACAUUUGGAGACAGCGUGCAGGGUUUAGUGUUACCGCUGUGACUGAAAACCUUCUACACAGCAGGCAUUCCUAAACCUGACCGCAUCUCCUUAUACACUCCUCUCUUAUAAGUGCAGUGGUGCUGAACGAUUGUGAUUAUAUAAUUUUAUUUCAUUUAAAAAGAGAUAAAAAUUCCACUUUCACAAUCUGAAACACUGUGGCUGAAUGUCUGUGGUUUGGAGCGUGUCGGGACGGCACUAUCAACAUCAUGAUCUGCGUUCAGGACUGUGUUGUGUCUUGUGGUUUCAUCUUCAGCUCAGCUGGAUUCUUUUCACGCUGUUUCAGUAUUAGUAAGUAUUGGGAUGAUUCACCAAAUUACAGGUUUUAUUUAUGACUAUAAAAAAACAAUAAAUAUCUUUACAUGUUUGUGCAUUACUGUGGUCUUUAGUGCAAACAGUCGUGUGGAUGAAUAUUAUAGAUAACCUGUCAGAACCUGUGUGUACAUUGUGCCAAAAUUACAUGUUUUUUUUUAUAGUUUUAUAAAUCUGAAAAUGAGAUGCACAUUAUUAUAUAGUGUUAUUCUUUAGGUCAAUCCUGCAUCUGUAUUGUGAAAAGGAAAUGUCAUAAUAGAGUGUUGUGCAGCCAACUUUUGUAUGGAUGUCACUAUUAUGUACAGUUCUGCUGACGUGUUUUAAAGAUGUUAAUGAUAAUUUGUGUGUAAAAGUUUGGGAAACCCUGGAUACAGUUUUGAUUAAAUUUGAUUAAAUUUGAUUAAAUCUACAGGAUGAUUUACCUGAGUGGUGGUUCACUCUUCAACUAUGCAGCCAUCACUGCACUACUUACACAAAUAAUUGUGAUAAACAAAAUUAUUGUAAUUUAUGCCAAUUUUUUUUAAUUACAGGUACCACUUUAAAAUAAGGCUUUCUUAUAAAUAGUUUAUUAAAGGAGGAGUUUAUUAAUAGUUUAAAUUAAAUUGUAAAAACUUAAAAAAAAAAGCACUUACAACACAUAAAUAGAAAAAAACAACAGAGACAAUUACUUUUUUGGCAUAUUUAGUAAAAUAGUAUAGAAGGUCAGUUUAGUCGUUUAAUAUGUUAUCAUAGUUAAAUAAAUAAAGUUAUUAUUAAGAGAAAUGGUAAUGCUGACUGAUGGAAAAGAAAAGGAAGAUCUAGUAAAACAAAUAUGGAAUCACUAUUUGAUACAUGACAGGUCACUGUUACCCUUCCUGCCUAUUAAUGGUUUAUAACCUACUUAAUAACCAUUAAUAAACUAAUUUGUAAACUAUGUAUAAACCCUUCAUAAAGGAGCCUUACCUUAAAAUGCUACCUAAUUACAUUUCUUUUUCUGUAUUUCUGUUAAUUCUGUUAAAUCAUGGUUUUAAAAAUAUUGUGAAUAAACAAAUAAAACACAAGUAACUACAGUUAAAUAAAAAAUACUGUAUCUUGUAUUUAUGUAAGCACAGCCUCUGUAGUGACCGUAAUACUUCUAUUGGGAAAAAAUUGUAAUUUGGUCAAGGGUGCCCAAACUUCCACAUGCAGCUGUACUGCCUCCUUUUCUGAUUGUAUAUACUGUAUAAUACUCUGUAUGUUGUGUGCUCAUAUUGAGUGUAGUUCUCAUGUGUUUGUGAAGCUUUUUGGCUUAAGAACAUGAACUGUUUUCAAAUAAAAAUGCCAUAAAAAUG